AUGCCCCUCCCCUUGUCGGUAGUUCAUGUCGAACAGUGCCAUAGUCAACGCGACCAGUAAGAUUUACCACCCUCUCCAAUAGCAGGAAUUGCAUCUUCAACGCCAUCUUCCUUCUGCCAACCUAACCAGAUAAUUCCGAAAUCCCUCUCGCCGAAUGCAAUUCCAACCUCUCUCCUGUUUCUGGUGCUGAAACUACCCCACCUUCUCCAGAGUUACCAUCUCCACUUAAAUGUCCCCCAGCUUCUUCCCCCCUGGUCCCAUUCCAACUCCAUGUUCCCCUCGUUUCCUCCUCACAAACAACCACCCAACGAGCCCAACGAGAGCCAGUCCUGCCGGUACCCCAACACCUGCUCCGAUCCCUAUCGUUUUCGGGUUAUUGUUACUGGCAACCACCGGCUCUGAGAUCGUGGUUGGUACAGGGGUCGAUGUACUCGAAGCCGUUGAAGAUGUUUCAAUUGCAAAUGUGCUUGAACUCCUGAGUUCACUGUUAACCGGAGAAGUAGUAGCAACAUUGGAUAAAGUUAAGGGGGUAGUCGUUCUCUGUACAACGGAAUUCGAUGUGCUCGUCAAUGUUAUAUCCGGCGCAAGGCCCACGGUCGUCAAAACAUCAAAGGUCCCUCCAAUGGGUCAGAUCCAUACCAGAAAGAACCCCCCAUGCACUUGA